AUGUCGGGCCCUAAUAACGUCGACAUCGACGCGCUGCUGGAUCUAUCCGAGUACGAUGGGAUCCCCAGCUACAACUCGCCGUCGCUGUCUCCCUCCACCACCUCCAAGCCCACCUUUGCCAGCCCGGUCACCACCGCCGUGACGACGCCUUCAAUGACGACGACGCAGGCUCUGAGCGGACCUAGCCACAACUAUGACAUGUAUCGUCAGCAGACGGGCUUCGUUCCCGGCGCCAUCGCAAACACCAUGGCCGUCAAUGAAUCGAGCAACGCGGGAUACCAGGACUUUGGUAGCCUCGACUACCUGACCGGCUUCCCUUCAGAGAACGACAUGUUCGACUUCAACACCUCGCCGUCGCAGGCUACCCUGGGAGCGUCGGACAUUAUGGACUUUGGCUCACCCGCUGAUUCUCAGCUUUUCCCGACCGUCAACCCCAGCAACAUCGAGCAGGAGUCGGCGCUUGCUUCCCCCAGUCUGUCCAGCCAGGCCAGCGGCGUUGGCCGUCUGUGGCCUGGUGCGCACUCUCAGGCCGCCAUGGCCAAGGCUCAUGCUCAGCAGAGACAGCAGCAGCACAUUAUCCAGCAGCAGCAGGCUCAGCGCCAGCCCAUGCAAGCAAAGGCUCGUGCCGGCAAGGCGCCUCAGCCCAGCGACCCCAUUGUUGAGCAGAAGAUUACUCAGCUUCUGAACUCGAUGCGGGCUAAGCCUGCUCCUCCGCCAUCCGACGCCUCCUCUCCCAUGGCCAACCUCAACCGCGCUAAGAAGGAUGAUGAGGAGAUGGACGAUGACGAGCGCCUUUUGGCAAGCGAAGAGGGCAAGAAGCUCAGCAGCAAAGAGCGCAGACAGCUGCGCAACAAGGUCUCUGCCCGAGCUUUCCGAUCAAGAAGAAAGGAGUACAUCUCCCAGCUUGAGUCAGAGGUUGCCGGCAAAGUGCAGGACAACAAUGAUUUGCGUUCCCAGAACCGCGCUCUGCUCGAGGAGAACAAGCGCCUUUCUGAUCUCACUCGCAUGCUCCUUUCUUCCCCUGCAUUCUCCAACUUCCUGGACCACCUCAGCGCAAACCCUUCUGUUGCCGCCCCGGCACAGGUCAAGCCCGAGCCCCAGCCAUCGCCAGAGCAGCGCUCAGUCAAGGAUGUCAACCCUUACGGAUCGCAGCCCUCUCAGCAUCAAAUUGGCAUGGCCAUGAUUCCUGAGCAGAACGUUGAUUUCUCGCUUAUCGGCAACGGUUUCAACUUCCAGCCCCGAGUGUUUGUUGUGGAGACUUCCGAGGUUCCCUCUCCCAUCGAAUCCAGCAUCCUGUCUGGCAAGGCACCCAGCGUGAUUGAGCAGGCUUUCCGGUCUGAAGACGAGAAGGUUGAGGUGCCUGUGAUUGAGCGACCUGUUGAGCAGACUCCAGUCACUCAGUCUGAGGCAGGACCUAUCGAUGAGGAAUUUGAGGCCGACCCCGAGUUUGCCCUGUACCACUCGGAGCCUGCAUCGACCGUCUCCGAGUCCAGCGAGUUGGACACUGAGGGUCUUUCACAUGUUGACAUCUUUGGUGGUAUCGAGACCGAGAAAAUGCUGUCUAGAUUUGAACUCGUGGACGCUACUGAAGAGGAAGCUAGCGCUGCGAUUGCCAUGGCCCGAGUACAGAGCAUAAGUGCCAGCAUGGAGGCAGUGAUAUCAAGAUUAGAGAUCUUGACUAUGGACCUUUAA